UUGCCGAGACUGGCCUUGUCUGGCGGCUGGAGGCGGUCACUGCUGCUGUGCUGGGCGCUGAGGCUAUAGGGGCCAUGCGGACCGCGAAGGAGUCCGGAGCCCUCAGCCCGGCGCUCCUCCGUCGCGCGGCGUCGACUUGGCGGCCCCUGGAGUAACCGCUGCCUUUGUUCCGAGCGCCUCAUCCCUCCUGUCGCCCCAGCCCCUCCGGCCGCCGCGCUCCGGCCGGCCCGCGCUCGGUCCCCCGAACCCCCUCUUGGCUCGCGCCGCGCGGAUGCGGCUGCCGGACCUGGGUUUGGGUUUUGAGCGGGAGGUGGUGGAGGAGCGGCGGCCCCUGGGCGGCAUGCGAUGGGGAACUGCUGCUGGACGCAGUGCUUCGGGCUGCUCCGCAAAGAAGCGGGGCGGCUGCAGCGUGUAGGAGGCGGCGGAGGAUCCAAGUAUUUUAGAACAUGCUCAAGAGGUGAGCACUUAACUAUAGAGUUUGAGAAUCUAGUAGAAAGUGAUGAAGGGGAAAGUCCAGGAAGCAGUCAUAGACCUCUUACUGAGGAAGAAAUUGUUGACCUAAGAGAAAGACAUUAUGAUUCUAUUGCUGAAAAACAGAAAGACAUUGAUAAGAAAAUUCAAAAAGAGUUAGCCUUACAGGAGGAGAAGUUAAGACUAGAAGAAGAAGCUUUAUACGCUGCACAGCGUGAAGCAGCCAGGGCAGCAAAGCAGCGAAAGCUCUUGGAGCAAGAAAGGCAGAGAGUAGCACAGCGAUGUCAUCCUUCCAACAAUGGAGAAUAUCAAAGUUCAGGACCAGAAGAUGACUUUGAAUCUUGUUUGAGAAAUAUAAAGUCACAGUAUGAAGUUUUUCGAAGUAGUAGACUCUCGUCUGAUGCCACAGUUCUUACACCAAAUACAGAAAGCAGUUGUGAUUUAAUGACCAAAACUAAGUCAACUAGUGGAAAUGAUGACAGCACAUCCUUAGACCUAGAGUGGGAAGAUGAAGAAGGGAUGACUAGAAUGCUUCCCAUGAGAGAACGUUCCAAAACAGAGGAAGACAUUCUCCGGGCAGCGCUGAAGUACAGCAGUAAGAAGACUGGAAGUAACCCGACAUCAGCCUCUGAUGAUUCCAAUGGGCUGGAGUGGGAGAAUGAUUUUGUUAGUGCGGAAAUGGAUGAUAAUGGCAAUUCUGAGUAUUCUGGGUUUGUAAAUCCUGUAUUAGAACUGUCUGAUUCUGCCAUGCAGCAGUGUGAUACAGAUCAGCAGACUCGAUAGGGUAAAAUUGUGUGACCUUGUUUAUCAGUUAUGACCAAAUGUUAAAAACCAACUAGAAUGUAUAAAUGGUUGUGCUGAGCCUUUUUGUAAGGGAAGGGAAGAAACCAUGUUGUAAAUGCUUAUUUUGUUAGAAAGCAGUAGGAAUGAUAGGCUAGAUCUGACUUGCUUCAGAAUUAAGUGCAAUUUCAUCAUCUGCCUUCUGCUUUUCCAGACCAAUGUAUUGGUUCUGUCAUGUUACCAAUUAAAUUAUUUUAGCUCUUUUCUUUAUAGCAUUGUUUCCUAUUGGAGAUUUUCACUUUUCAAAACAUUUUAUUUUGAAUGCUUUAAACCUACUUCAUUGUCUGUGAAAUAUUAAGGCCUUUUUUUGUGAAUUCUCAGCAGGUGUGAAGGGAGCAUGAGGAGGAACAAAUUGAAAAUAGUGUUCCCUUUUCUAGUGUUAUUUAUUUCUGUGACUACUUUGAGUUUUAUUGUCUAAUAGUAAGCACAAUUAAUUUGAGUAGAUGACUCUAGGAAAUGCUGAGUAGCAGUUUCUUUCUAUUCUUAUAUAUCCUAGUAUGAUAACAUUGAUUACACCUGAAGAAAGGAUAAUAUGAUAAAAAUAAGCUUUCAGAGUUUGGACAUUUCAAGUUGGAUAUAAUCAACAAUACUAUUUAAGAAAAAGUAUAUAUUUAGGUUUUUCACUUCAUUUUAUGUGCCAUUAUAUUGACUUUGAAUUGCUAUAUUAAGUUUUUAGGUGUUGCUAUUUUUUUAAAUUCUAUAUUUCCAAUGAAUGAUCUUAGAAAGAUUUUACACAGAACAUAUUCUCUGCAUGAUUUAAGAAAGAAACACCUAAAAGAGUAAUACGGGUAUUUUAGAAUACAUAAAAUCUUUUUUGGUAUGAAAGUCUUCAUUGAUUUCAUUAUAGUUUCCUUGCCUUGUAGUACAAGGUGCUUUAAUGGGAUGGAACUAAGUUUCUCAAUAUAUACCUGCAUUUUGUGAUAGACAAUUACAUCUUCUUUACCCUAAAUUGUAUGCGUCAAUAUAAAAAGCCAGGAAUAUAAAACACACUCUAAUUGCUUUCCUUGAUUUUGCUGAGGAUUGAGUAUGGUUUUAGUAAUAAACAAAUUGUUGUUUGAUUUUCCUUUAGUGUGUUUUUCUUUUCUUUUUCUUGCAACAAUGACUGCAUGUUCCAAAAAAUAUAGGAAGGUCCAGAUAUAAAUAGUAACUUCAAGUUCUUGGUGUACUUAAAAAAAAAAUCAUGUGGCCCUUUCAAUAUUUGAACUGCUAGGCAAUGACAUCUGUAGUUUUAUGUCCUUUUCUAUCUCAUAGAAAUGACAUUUUAAUAUGUAAAUAUAUAUUAGCUAAUGCUGUUAUUUAUGUCUCUCAUAAUUUAAGUUGUAGCUAUGUCAUUGGAAAUAUUUUAAAGGUAAUCUAUAUUUACAUUGCCUGUGUUAAUGCUUUUUAAAGUUUGUAUACAUCAGAUGUAUAUUUUUGGUUUGGCAUAAGCUACUAUUGUAACUUUUCUUGGCUUUUUGUUCAUAAAGAAUUUUUUGAAGGAAUGGUAACUUCUCAAGGAUUGUGAAUAAA